AUGAACACCCAGCCUGCUGCCACCUCGUCCGCGCCUUACAAUGGCCCUGGGGCAUAUCCGACUGCGCCCUCAGGGGGACCGCCCGGGUUUGACCAUCACUCCGGGCCGCCUCAGUCCACCACCCCGACGGCCCCUUAUCCGGGCCCAGGCUAUGGAGGACCUCCGCCGGCUGCCGCUCCCAGUGUGAAAGUUCAGCCUGCGGUCGAGCACAUGGCUGGCCCGGCAUAUUAUUCGAGCCCGUAUUCGCAGCAGCAGUCUGCGAGCGUGGCCGAGGCACCCCGCCCUUCUGCCGCCCCUCAGCCUCUGAACCCUCUUACGACCACCACUCAGGACCUGAAGUCGGCCAAGACGAAUACCCAGUUUGCUUUACGGGAGUACCUGUCCCUGCAGAGGAAGAGGAGCCGUCUCGACGGAGCGACAUCGCUGGAGUUGGAGGACCAGAUCAAAACCCAGGGCCGUAUCUUACUUCAUGAUCUCAAGUUCUUGAGAAAAGAAGUCGCCGUCCUUGUCAAAGAGGGCGAGAACCAUCGCUGGAGGAACUGGCUGAUCGGUGGGGCUGUGGCAACCUUCAUCCCAGCUGUCAAGAGAAUAUUCCGCCGCCCGUCUGAAAAGUCGGAUGACCAAGUGCAGGCCUCCAACAGAACCGAGUACGCCUUUUGGCGCAGCAAGGCCCUUGUCGCCCGCAUCAAGGACAGCCUCCUCGGACGGAACAGUUUCGCCAGCAUCGCCUUCUUCGUCUUCGCCGUCCUGUAUGUUUUCACCAACGAGGUCUCCCUCCAGGUGGCCAAGACCGUCUCGAAGCGGCUGAAGCGACUCAGCGCCAAGAUUGAGCGGGGCGACGCCGAGGUCGUCGAGCAGGACGCGAAGCUGCUAGAGGGAUGGCGAUGGCGAGUGCUCAUGUGGGCUCAUUCAUUUCAUCGACAAGCCCCCAACAAAGGGCUAGUAAUCACAAUGUCGAGCAAGAAGAGACGUCACUCAGACGCCGAAUCCAAGCAUGAGACCGACAAGUCGUUGCAAAAUGCGGUCCGCCACGCCGGUCGCGGGUCAGCGACCACGCGACCCCAACAGCCCGGCACUCAUGCGGAUGCCUACUACCGUAACCUGUACUCGACGGAGCCGGAUUUUAACAACUUUGGCCGCCAAGACCCGGCUUUCGGGGCCAUGCUGAAGAGAGGAACCCUCGACUUUGACGACCCUGCCGCCGUGAUGCAGCUUACAAAGACUCUGCUAAGAAUUGACUUUGGCCUGGGGAUUGAACUGCCCGAGGAUCGUCUGUGUCCACCUGUGCCCAAUCGCCACAACUACAUCCUGUGGUUGAAGGGUCUGCUCGACAGCACCACUUACGACGACCCCGACCGCAAGUCCGUCGGUCUCGAUAUUGGAACUGGGGCGAGCUGCAUCUAUCCGCUACUUGGAUGCACCCAACGACUUUGGUCGUUCUUUGCCACCGACAUUGAUCAGAAAAACCUGGCGUAUGCCAGGAAGAACGUGCAAUCAAACAACCUUCACAACCGGAUCUCGGUUGUCGCCCGUACGGCCCAAGACCCCAUCCUCUCUCUCGACUCCUUGGGCGUCGACGAACUGAGCUUCGUCAUGUGCAACCCCCCGUUCUACACCUCAGAAGAGGACCUUCUCGAAUCCGCACAGAAAAAGUCGCGACCCCCGCUGACGGCGUGCACCGGAGCGCCGGUCGAGAUGGUGACGGACGGCGGAGAAGUCAGCUUCGUCGGUAAGAUGCUCGAGGAGUCGCUGGUUUUACGCGACAGGGUGCAGUGGUACACAUCCAUGUUCGGGAAGCAGUCAAGUCUCGAGGAGUUUGUCAACAUCCUGCGAGAGAAGGCCAUCGACAAUUAUGCCGUCACGGAGUUCGUGCAGGGCAACAAGACCAGACGGUGGGCCGUCGCCUGGAGCUUCGGGCCCAUGCGGCCGUCAGAAGAGGUCGCCCGGGGCCUGAAGGCCGCGACGUGGAAGAAGAUACUUCCCAUGGCCGUCGAGUCGGAAGUCGUCAGCUUCCCACUGGAUGAUGGGGCCGGGAAGCUCGGAGACAAGAUCCAGGGGCUCAUGUCUUCGCUCGAGCUCACGUCUUGGGAGUGGGACCACGAGAGGCUCGUGGGCAUCGGCAGGGCGCGAGAAAACGUAUGGAGCCGCGCCUGGAGGCGAAAGAAGAUGCGGGAGGAGCGUGAUGGCAAACCCGAGGUUGCCGUGACGGACUCUGAGGUGUGCAGAUUUGGGUUCGAGGUUGCUCUGAGGGUCGGUAGGGAAAACAUUGCGGUGCUGUGCCGGUGGAGGGAAGGCCAUGACCAAGCCAUCUUUGAGAGCUUUGGCGGCUUCCUGAAAACGCGGCUGACAACUGGAUAG